AGCUGUCGUUUGUACAUAAAACAAAAAUAUAUUUUUCUACACAAUUACUGUCAAUAAAAAUGCAAGAGGACGAAUGCCAGCAAGUCAUAGACCGCAAUUUGCCGCAGUUGGUAAGAUUGCUGCUAGAUUUGCCCAUCGAUGACAAGGAAAACAGCAAUGGGCAAGAGGAUAAGGUGGACUCUGCCACCAUCGACAAAUGCCUUUCUUAUGCCAGACGUCACAUAGCGGAUCCUGAUGUUGUGGAGUGCCAUCCGGAGUCGGUGUGGGUCACCAUGAACCACUUUCUGGAGCGCUAUCACAGCGAACAUAUCUCAGAAUUCGGGGAUACAUUUAAUCAGCUGGCCAAUGUGGUACUGAAUCAUCCGAUCUGUAUAAACCACAAGCAGCAGAACCUCCACUGGCGACUCCUAGACUUUGUGCUCUCUGUGAACUACAAGGCCUUUCACUCAGUUCGUCGCAACUACGUAGAGAUGGACCAGAAGCGAAAGAACAUCCUGGAUGCUCUCACCUUGGCCACCGAAAGUUCGCAGGUUCUUCUCAAAGAUACAGAAAAGGUCGAUUUCGAUACCAAAUCUAUAGAUGAUGCAUCGAAACCAGUAGCUGAAGAUCAGCUUAUCCACAAGAAAAAGCACAAGCACAAGAGUCCCAAGGAUCCUAAGAGUCCGAGGACAAUGGUUACUUCAGAUCACGUCCAGCGCCUCUGUGAUGAAAUUAGGGAACUAAGUUCCCCGGUAAAUAUUCCCUUGGAAACGGUGCGUCCACAGAUACCAAAGAGACAACCAGAAACACUGGACACCUUGGACCACAGUUACUCUGUGGAACCCAGUCUAAGCAAAGUGAAAGUAAAGGAAAAGUUCGCCAUAAAAGAGGCCAAGAUGGAGCUGGAAUUGAAUCUCAUACAUAAUGAACCCUCCGCAGAGAAACCGGAAUUAGUUGAAUUUUUUAAGAACGAAAGUGACAUGCUCUACCGUGUUCAGACGAACUCGUGGCAUGUGGAUGUUAGUGUGCACAAUCAGCCGCGAAUUCUGGUCAGUAUUUUCAACCAAGGAUAUGCUGACUUUUUGAUUUUUCAACUUCGGGAAUUGCAAGCCUCGAUACGAAAGGUGAGCGAGGAGCACCUGCUCUUAAGCGAACUGAUUGUCCUGUUCUUUGCAUCCGUGAAUAGUAAAAACUUCACAAUAUUAAAUGAGAGUUGGGAGUUACGAACUGCAUUUAAACAUUUACAAGAAGGUUCUCACCUGGGCGAGAUCAUUAAAUCGCUAAAACAAAUGCGUUAUCUAAGAAAAUUUAUUGAGACGCAGGCGGUGAAGCAAAUAUUGAGUAAUAAUGUGAAUAAUGAACGCUUGGAGACCCUUACUUGUUUCAGUGUAGCACUGCGGCAACUUCUUCGACCUGUGUUGGAGUUUCUGGUUCAUUUCGAGAGGCGUUUAACAAAGGGUAUUGAAACUGCCACCCUGCAGCACUUUAUAGAGACAUCAAGAGGUCAUUUGGAAAGGAUUAAAUGGCUUUAUGAGCUCUCCCAGAAUAAUAAAGAAGGACUACCUUUCAUGCGAAGUCUAAAAACUUUGAAUACCCUUUUAACCAGAAGUUUUAAGAAUGGUAAACCCAAGUUGCUACGAUCCUUGAGCGCAUCCUUGCUUCUGCACUCCUUGCAGGCCUAUUGUCAGUUUCUGGAUAGCUGGUGGUCAACGGGAGACUUCACAGACUUUCGCGAAGAGUUUCCCUUCCAAAGGAUUUUGAUCAAGGAACGAACAGAGUAUGUUUUAAGAAAUUCAUUGAUCCAAACAGAAGAACUCCUUAAAUGGGAAUUCUUCCAUAUUAUUCAGAGUCACAUCCUAGACUCUAGUGAAGCAGUGUCUUUUCUUUACGAUUCCCGAACUUUAGGUGACUUCAAUUCUCUGCAUGGCAUCGUGCAAGAGAAACCUUUACACAGUUUAUUGAUAGAUGAGGUAUUAAAGGAACUGGCGCCUUAUCAAAUUAAAACAAUAGAGGACAGAAACUUUGUUCCAGACAUCCUGCAGCAGUUGCAGUCCACUGAUCACGAUGCAAUUCGUCGGCUGUUUUACUCCUUUCACAUGGCAACUCGACCAGAUCCGCGAAAGCCAAUCAAUCAUUCGAUUGAGGAGUUACUGAGGAACUUCCUCGUCUGCACUAACUACACUCCCGUAUCAGAAAUCAUUACCCAGGAAUUUAAAAGGUUAUUGCAUAGAAGGACUCUAUUGGCCAACUCUUAUAUCUCUGGACUGAAAAAAGAGUUUCAAUUGGACAAAGUAGUAAAACACGUACGAUCGGUGUUUCUACUCUGGAACUAUGAACACUUUCGAAGUGAGUUUGAGUUGCUCUUUGAGUUCCUCGGCAGGAAUCAGUUGAUAGAGGCCACUACUAAAUUAAAGCAAAUCGUGGUAUCCCAAGAUCCCAGUUUGUGUCAUAUGUUUUUGGUUUACUGGACCGAAGCCCAUCCUGAAUUUAUCUGUCUGAAGUUGAGGAAUGAUGUCCUACUGAAGCGUGUGAUCAGCCAAAACCAAAUAGAGACGAUGAAUUCCUGCUUUCGACUUAUUUUAAAUGUGAACUACUCGCUCUAUCGGUUAAAUCAUUUGCCCCCCUUCGAUUACUCCAAACAUGAGCGAUUGUUUAAGGCUCUGAGAUCAAUACAGAUUUCCUUAAUCUCCAACCUCGAGGAGCAGCUAUCGCAUCCUUGUAAACUUCUUCGGUUAAUGCAGGACCUCGAUUCCUAUAACGCUGAAUUGAAUGAAUCCACUUCCUUGAGUGAAUUUAGACGUAAUCAGGAACUAUUUGUGCUGCACAUGGAAAAGUAUUUGCGGGAGGAGCAAUUCGCUUGCAAAUUGCCCGAGAUCCUUAAACUGAGCAGAGUUUUUUGCCAUCGAUGGGAAAAAACCAGAGUCCUCAUAGACGAAUAUCGCAGCCUGAAGGCCACAAAUGAAUUUGAAGGGAAGUACGAAUUGUUGAGUUUUAACUACCUGCUGGGAACACUCAGGAAAUGCAAGGCGAUUGGCUGUUUGUUAGGCCAUUUUUAAUUUUGUGUGUUUAUUGCAUUUCAGUCUUUUUGCUUUUGUUUAAUGAAAUCUAGGUAUUUGUGUUUUUCUAAAUUUUUUAGUUUGCAAUAAAG